GUAAAGUUGUCAGAAAAUUGGAGAGAGGGAUUGUCUCUCGUCUCGACGAACCAAAGAACAAUAGAAGCAGGAAACAGUUUUCUAUUCCAUUUCUCUCUAUCACUUCACUUCUUCUAUUGAUUCCAAACCCUAAAAAAGAUCCUCUCUCUCCCUCUCACUCUUUCCCUCUCUCUCUCUCUCUCUCUGUGAAAAGGUGCGACGUGGGGUUUCAGUCUGGUAGGAAGGGCCCAAAUCAGAGAAAGAGAGCUCCAUAUUCGAACUGUGUCUGUGUGGAAAGAUCUCAGAAGACAGAGAUUAUCUUGCACAAACUAGAAUGGAUCAGCAAACCCAUGGACAGCCCCCAGUCAUGGGGAUGGUCAGUAAUGCUGCUCAAGUGCCAUAUGGUGCAAAUCCAUAUCAAGCUAACCAGAUGAUUGGAGCCAACCCCCCUGGAUCAGUUGUCACAUCAGCUGGAUCCAUUCAAUCUCCUGGCCAACCAUCCGGUUUUACUGCCUCUCCAGCUCAGCUUGCACAACACCAACUUACUUAUCAGCAUGUCCACCAGCAGCAGCAACAGCAACUGCAUCAACAACUCCAGGCUUUCUGGUCAAAUCAGUACCAAGAAAUUGAGCAGACCACUGACUUCAAGAACCAUAGCCUUCCGUUGGCAAGAAUCAAGAAGAUAAUGAAGGCUGAUGAGGAUGUAAGGAUGAUAUCAGCCGAGGCUCCUGUUAUAUUUGCCAGGGCCUGUGAGAUGUUCAUCUUGGAGUUAACACUGCGUUCAUGGAAUCACACAGAGGAGAACAAGCGGAGGACACUCCAGAAGAAUGACAUUGCUGCAGCAAUCACAAGGACUGACAUCUUUGACUUUCUAGUAGACAUUGUGCCCAGAGAGGAUUUGAAAGAUGAGGUACUUGCCUCAAUGCCCAGGGGAGGAACCAUGCCUGUUGGAGGUCCAUCUGACCCUCUUCCUUACUAUUAUAUGCCUCAACAUUCGCCACAAGUUGGAACUCCAGGGAUGAUCAUGGGUAAGCCAGUGGUUGACCAGGCUCUAUAUGGGCAACAGCCUCAUCCUUACAUGGCUCAGCAGAUGUGGCCUCAACCACCACAACAACAGCAGCAGACACAACAAGCACCUUCAGAUUCUUGAGCUUGGAUAGUGACUGCAGAAGACAGUUUGGAGAAGAAUAAUUUUAGGGUGUUGAAACUUCUUCCAAAUGUCAGUACAAUGAAAGGAGUGGCAUCCAGUACUGGAGUUAUAGUCAAGAUAGUUUCUGCAGAGGAUUUCUCUUCUGUAUGGAGCAUUAAUACAUCAAUACUUCUAGGGAGUAAUUAGUUUCUAUUGAUGGGAGUUGUUCCCUUGGGUCUUUUAUUUUUGGUCUUUCCCAUCAUUUCCAGGUUUUUUUUUUUGUUUUUGUUUUUAAUUCGAGAGCCUUAAAUCAGUUGAUGCAGUACAAAUAGAAAUUAUAACUGAAAGAAAUGCUUACAUCUCUUACCAUAAUUUCAAAACAAAAAAGGUGAGUGGUUGCUUAACCUAUA